ACUAGCUGGCUCUCCCUCUCUCCUCUUUCUCUUGGGCUUACCCGCGCCGCGACCCACUGGAACUGCGAAACGACAUCGCAAAGUACCCCGAAAAAAAACUCGUACUUUUCGUGCCGAAGUUUUGGGUGUCUGCUGUCGUUAGUUUCACUUUGAAUUUUGCUUCAACAAUGAUCCGAUUCAUAUUGUUACAGAACCGGCAGGGAAAGACCCGUUUAGCUAAGUACUACGUUCCUCUCGAGGAUUCUGAGAAGCACAAGGUCGAAUACGAGGUUCAUCGUUUGGUGGUCAACAGAGAUCCCAAGUUCACAAAUUUCGUUGAGUUCCGUACGCACAAGGUGAUCUACAGGAGAUAUGCGGGGUUGUUUUUCUCACUGUGUGUUGAUAUAACAGAUAAUGAAUUGGCCUAUUUAGAAUGCAUUCAUCUAUUCGUGGAGAUUUUGGAUCAUUUUUUCAGCAACGUUUGCGAGCUUGAUUUGGUCUUUAACUUUCACAAGGUCUAUCUGAUACUUGAUGAAUUCAUUCUUGCUGGAGAGCUCCAAGAAACAAGCAAGAAGGCGAUUAUAGAGAGAAUGGGGGAACUGGAAAAACUGGAGUGAGAAUUCAUCUGCGGUGACAAGUUUCAAGGAUGCAAUAUGGUUCUGUGUUUCUGCUGAUUGUUUCAGUUAAUUCUUGUAGCCCACCAUAUUCCUUGUGUGAAUUCCUCUCGUGUAAUAAAAGUUAAUUGAACUAGAAGAUUUUGUACCCCCGGCUUUUCCUCAUUUUGCCAUUUGUGUUUGAAAUACACAUUCGUAUAAUGAAAGGCGUGCACAUGAACAAA